GUUCCAUAGUUUUAGUUUAAUAAAUCGAUCCAACACUGCAGUUUUAUCUUUGUAAUUAAAAAAACUUCGCUACAAUUGUUCUACUUUUUUUUCCAUCAGAAGCUUUCCUUCCCGUUCUAUGGGCUCUUUCGAUUUCUACAUCAUUUGUAAACCCAAGUUUUGAUUUUAAAAAUACCUGAACUUUUCUUUCAUAUUCUUCCCAUGUCUCAUUCGGUUCUUCUUCAAUUCCAGUGAAUCUUAAAUUACUUCGCCUGCUUCGAUCUUUUAAUUCUUCGUUUGUGCAUCGUUAAGAUUUAUUGCAAGCAAAACUGUAUUCGAUGAAGGUGAAAAUCUAACUAUAACUUCCUUAGUAUCACUCAAUGAAUAUGAAGAGGUUUAUCUUUUGAUUUGUUAUUACAAUGAAGUGGCUAUUGCUUUUACUUCAUCUUUAUAUUAUGAACUAAAGCCAUAUGCUACAUCUAAAUUUCAAGACAGGAUCAAUUCUUUAACUUAUAAUGGUACUAGAUAUGUUAUUACAAUUAUGAACUUGCGUGCAAGUGAUUCUGGUAUUUAUAAAACAUUAUUGUUAAUAAGCUAUCGGGGUACUAUAAUACCACGUGGAUUAACGUCAAAUAUAUCAGUCGAAGUUAAAGCUGACCCUGUAAUUUUAAGUUUUCCAAAUAAGUUUCUUGGAUGUGAAAAUUGCACAACGACAUUCAUUGCAACAGUAUUUAGUCGACCAAAACCUAAAAUCAUUUUGAAAUUUGAACAAGAAACUAUCAUUGCUAAAAGUUUCACUGAUUUACCGAACAACACAUAUAACUAUGUUUACAGUUUGGGACCUUUUACUCCCGAUAAAGAUUGUGGAAAAAUGUUUCUCCUUACUGUUUCAGGAGUUAAAAAAGAAGUUAAACAAGCUGCGUUAAUUCAAUUUGUACCACCAAAGGUAACAGUUGUAUUCCUGAAACAAUAUAUGGAUAAAUCAGUUUUUAUGCAAUGGAAUAAUGUUGUUUAUGGAAAAUGUAAGUUAAUGUACAACAUUGAGUUCAUUAACAAGACAUACGAUAGCGUCCAAACAUUUGAUGGAAUCAGCAAUACUGAACUUUUUGUAACAAAUUUAUUUAACGCCACGCUUGUUAAAAUUUAUGCUGAAAUUAAUGGGAUAACUGGAGAAUCUGUCCUUCUUAAUAUGCCACCUGCUGCAGGCAUUUUACCUCCUAAAACAACAAAUAAUGAUGGGGUAUUACUUGGAAUUACAUUUGGUGUUGUUGCAUUUAUUAUUGUAGCUUGCAUAGUAAUCUUGGUUGUGGUUAAAAAAACUUUACCGUCAACGCUUGCCUAUAAUAAACUUCAUUCUUCUUCCUUGGAUACAGUUAUCGAAAAUCAAAUAGAGAUUUCUUCGUCAUCUGAUGAAAUAGAGACUCCUUCGUCACCUUCUGAAAAAAUAAAGAAACUUUCAUUAUCAAAUAAGUUAGACCUUCCUUCAUCAUCAAACAAAAUGGUGCUUUCUUCGCUAUAAAAAAACAGAGAUUCUACCUUCACUAUAAAACCAAGUUCCUAAGUUGCCUCAAAAAAAAAACAUUCCAUGUUAUAAUGCUUUUUGUGAUAUAAGUAUUUGUGAUAAGUUUUGUUCAUGGAAAAAGUUUAUUUGUGAUGAUAAAUGUUUAAUGUACAUUUUUAAGUUAUUAAACGCGAAACUUUUAAUGACUUAUAAAUGUUAUAAAUUAAUUUCCAUAGAUCGUAUAAGAGAGAAUAUAUAGUGUAUGUUGCGUGAGUGAAUAUAUAAUGUAUAUAUAUGGGCUGUAUGCCACAGUGAAUAUAUGACACUUUCACUCUCGCUUUCUUUAUUUUGUAAAUUUUUAGAAAAAUUGAAAGUAUUAUUUUAUAACCAAA